AUGGUCCGGAUUGUGUUGCUAGCUGGUAUGCUGGCGAUCACGGCAGCGUCGGCAGACAUAUACAAUGUGCCACCUACGGUGAACAAAAUCGGGCAGCCUUUGGACGGCUUCGUCAGCUACUCAAUCGAGUUCGCUUCAUUCCCAGAAUUUGCAGGGAACGAUACUGUGCCGAAUGAAUUUUCAUACAAUCUACUCAGGAAUCUCGGCGACGUGAUGGGGACCAAUCCCUACAUCAGAGUAGGAGGCAACACGCAAGAUUAUGCACUCUUCAACGGCUCCCAAAAGCAGGCAUUAAUUGGCAUCGUGGACCCGAGCCGGUCUCCUGAUUAUCCGACGACAAUUACGAUAGGGCCUGCUUAUUUUGAGUCGUACAACACCUGGCCGGGGUUCAAGUACUCGCACGGAUUGAAUCUCGGGCUGGGUGGUAACCGCAGUGCUGGCUGGCAGACGCUGGUCGAGACAGUACCGCUCGUCUGCAAGACGCUUGGCAAUGGGAAGCUUUACACUUGGGAGUAUGGAAACGAACCGGAUCUAUAUGGCGUGUCUGCUCAAGGUGCCGUGAGAACGCCAUCGUGGAAUGAAAGCAGCUAUGUCUGGCAGUGGCUCAACGGCACAAGAGAAAUUCGAGCUCGAGUGAAGGAGAGCUGCCCGAGCUUGGGCGAUCCGCAGUACAUGGCGCCAUCUUUCGCCGCCCUCGCAAACCCUCUAAAGGAGCCAAAAACGUGGCAGUCUGGACUGGAUGUGAACAAUAACAUUGGGCUUUUUUCAACACACAACUACAUCAGUGGCGCCGCGUCUCCAGGUGUUACUCUGCAAGGAACGUUGAUGAACUUUGGAGUCACGAAAGCUUCUGUCGACAACCAUGUAAAGUCUUAUGACAGCAUCUUUGGAUCAACGGGCAAUGCAUCUGCCCCUCCCUUGAUUUUUGGGGAAACCAAUUCGCUCUAUAAUCAAGGGCGCCCGGGCCUGUCCAAUACUUUCGGAGCUGCUCUCUGGGGCAUCAAUUUUAACCUCUACUCGGCGUCGGUCGGCUUCAAGAGAGUGCACAUGCACCAGGGAACGAAUUAUCGCUACCAAGCCUGGCAGCCAGUUGACACGGACAAGGCCACCAAAGGCACCAAAGCGUCGUACUACGGUAGCAUGGCCGUCGCUGCUAUGCUUCGCAACAGUGCCACACGGCCGGUCAGCUUGUCCAACAUAGCCCUCGGCACAGAUCAGCAAGAAGCUGCGUACGCGGCUCACUUUGCGGAAAGCAAGAAAUUGGCCCGACUUCUCGUCAUCAACAUGCAUGGGUACAACACGACAGUAGAUGGCGCAGGCCUUGUCCCGGUCCCGGAUCCCGCGGUCCGGGUGGCACGCACAUACAGCUUCCACGUAGGGCCUCAAGUCGCAGACGGCCAGAUCGUUCGAGUUCAGCGCCUCAUGGCCAACGGAAGUGACGCGAUUACAGGUAUCACGUUUGAUGGCUGGAGCUAUAAUUGGGAGCUUGAUGCGGGCCGACCGGUACGGCUGCACAAUGUAACGGCUGGUGAGACGACAAUGGUGAGCAACGGCCUAGUCACAGUUAGCCUUCCAGACUCUUCUGCAGCACUUUUGUCGUUUACGAAGCAGUGUAGCUGA